AAAAUGCAGUUUAUAAAGUUUUGUUUUCGUUCAAGUUAGCUGAAGUUGUCCACAAUGGGAUGUUGUAACAGCACCGAGAGCAAACGUGAUUGGAAACCACUGGAGCAGCGCAGCUGCACGGACAUCCCAUGGCUCAUCAUAUUCAUGUUGUUUUGUAUUGGGAUGGUGUGUAUAUGUGCCUUUCCCAUCGCCACAGGAGCUGCCUCCAGGCUUAUCUCAGGAUAUGAUAGUUAUGGCAACACCUGUGGCAAGAAUAACACCAAGAUCGAGGGAGUACCCCUGAGUGGCCGGGACAUGACAGAAAACAAGUAUGUUUUCUUUCUAGACCCUUGCAACCUCGAUUUAAUCAACAGGAAGAUCAAGUCGAUUGCUCUAUGUGUCUCCAAAUGUCCUGCUGCUCAACUGAAGGAAUACAAUGAUUUAAAGCAGUUUGCGCUGAGUAAUGGAUCUUAUCUCUGCUCCUAUGAUAUUUCUCCUACGAGAUACACAAGCCAUUCAGACAGAUUCACUAAAUGUCCCAAGCUCCCUGUUCCUCCAAGUAAGUCUGUCCCAUUGUUACACCGCUGUAUUCCUGCGGAUAUCGGCUGCUAUGCAGAAUUCGCCCAGGCCUUCAUCACAUUUGUCAGUGACAACACUGUGCUGCGACGAGUCAUUUCUGGGGUGAUGGCCAGCAAGGAGAUCAUCAUGGGCCUUUGUUUGCUGGCUUUAGUCCUGUCCCUGAUCAUGAUGGUUGUCAUUCGUUACAUCUCCAAAGUGCUGGUGUGGAUUCUAACGAUUCUGGUAGUCAUUGGCUCUAUAGGUGGGACAGGCGUCCUCUGGUGGCUCUAUGCAGACUACAAGAGAGCCCUUGAUAAUAACACCUUAUCAGUAUUUGGAAAAGAAGUUGCCUCAGACAAUGUAAAGGCCCUGCUUGUGUAUGCAAUUGGUGCAACAAUUUUCACGGUAGUUCUCCUGCUGGUGAUGUUCUUCAUGAGGAAGCGUGUGGCUCUAACCAUCUCCCUGUUCCACGUGGCUGGUAAAGUGUUCAUCCACCUUCCCCUGCUGGCUCUGCAGCCUUUCUGGACCUUCCUUUGCCUCAUGCUCUUCUGGGUCUACUGGAUCGCUGUGCUUCUCUCUCUCGGGACUUCAGGCACACCAGUAAAGAACAACUCUACAGGUGUCGUUGAAUAUCAAAUGCAAGGGCCUAUGCAGUACAUGGUGUGGUAUCAUGCCGUGGGUCUCAUCUGGAUCAGUGAGUUCAUACUUGCCUUUCAGCAAAUGACCAUCGCGGGAGCUGUAGUCACUUACUACUUCACAAGGAAUAAGUCCCAGUUGCCAGCAACUCCCAUCCUCUCCUCUAUGGUACGUACCAUCCGCUACCAUCUGGGUACUCUGGCCAAAGGCUCCUUCAUCAUCACACUUGUCAAGAUCCCUCGUAUCAUCCUAAUGUACAUCCACAGCCAGCUCAAAGGAAAGGAAAAUGCCUGUGCUCGCUGCAUGCUGAAAGCUUGUGUCUGCUGUCUGUGGUGUCUUGAGAAGUGCCUUUCAUACUUAAAUCAAAAUGCUUACACUGCAACAGCCAUCAACAGCACCAGUUUCUGCACCUCUGCCCGCGAUGCUUUCCUUAUCUUGGUGGAGAAUGCUCUCCGAGUGGCCGCCAUCAACACUGUGGGCGACUUUGUCCUCUUCUUGGGAAAGGUGCUUAUAGUCUCCUGUACAGCCUUCGCCGGCAUCCUGGCUCUGAACUACCAGAGGGAAUACACGGUGUGGGUCCUGCCUCUUCUCAUCGUCUGUCUGUUUGCCUUCCUGGUGGCUCACUGCUUCCUUUCGGUCUUUGAAAAUGUGGUGGACGUUCUCUUCCUCUGCUUUGCUGUGGACACAAAGUACAAUGAUGGCAGCUCUGGGCGCGAGUAUUACAUGGACAAGGCCUUAAUGGAAUUUGUAGAGAACAGUAAAAAAGAAGGUCUGUACAAGCCUAAUGAUGGAGAUGGACGGGAGAUGAAGUCCUUGGCACGUGGAGGUACUUCUGCUUGACCAAGUGCCAGAAAGACGG